ACAGUGCCUCGAUAGAUUAAGUUUCGUCUUCUCUCGUCAACCUAGGUACUCUUUUCAGUGAGCUAAAUCUCCGAUUUACUUCGUCACUAAAGUCUAGGUUUUGCUCAUUUGUUGGUAUAACGUUUUACCUGAGAUUUUGAAGAAAAAAUGAAUUUCUUAAACUCAGCAGCAUCCAUUUGCAGAAGAGUUAGCUUGAGGGAACUAAUCACCGAGGUUCCUGCUUACACUGGCAGUAGCAUUUCCGACGGUUCUUCAAGUGGUUUGAGUUUGGUCUUGAAGCGUUGGGCUACAAAGAAAACCGCUGGUUCCACAAAGAACGGUCGUGACUCUAAACCCAAGAAUCUCGGCGUCAAGAAGUUUGGAGGAGAGAAUGUGAUACCUGGUAACAUAAUCGUCCGUCAACGUGGAACUCGGUUUCAUCCUGGAGACUAUGUCGGGAUUGGGAAGGACCAUACAUUGUUUGCGUUGAAGGAAGGACGAGUCAGGUUUGAGAAAAACAAGAUCACUGGACGCAAAUGGAUUCAUGUUGAUCCAAAGGGAGGUCAUGUUCUUCACCCUAUCUACGCCAAAUCGACUAAGAUGGAGAUAGCUUCUUCGUCUUCGUAGUGAAAAACACAUUGUGAUUCAAGGUGUGGAGUCUUCUUUUGUUAGAUCAUACGAUGUCCUCUUGGCUAAAAAGAUUAUGAUGGGUCUUCUUCUCGUCUUUAGACUUGGUUGAUAUGUGUGAGAGAAGAAGCUUUGUCUUGUUUCUGAUCAAUAUAUCUCAUAAUGGAUUAGUCUAAAACUCUUUUUUAG